AAACAACUAUCGACACGUGCGUCAUCCGUUUGUGACAUUAAAUGAACACAUUUAUGUGAUACAGAUUGUGAGACAAGUAACUUUAUGACGACUGUUAAAUGCAUACAUUAUUGUUUGGUGUGUGUUUCUUACAUCCUCGGUACGUCGUGUCGGGUUCGGCUCAGUUCGUUUAUUUGGUUCGUUACGGUAAAGGGGCAGGAUCUAGCUGACACUGUUGGACAUCAUUGACAUGGCCGCGGGAUCUCCCCGCUUCUCCCUGACUGCGCUGUGGUAGGCAGACUAACGCAGGGGAUUGCCAAAGUUGUGUCUGGGGUGGAAGUGGAGCGCUGGAGUUUCUUUCAAGACCAUUUUAUUGCACCGAGAAAGGCAGUCCAGGAAAGUUCUCCAUGAAUGUACGUCACAAUGAUGAUGACCGACCAGAUUCCACUGGACCUGCCGCCGCUAUUGAACGGGGAGGUGGCCAUGAUGCCACACAUGAUUAAUGUUAACGGGGAUGGAUCGCAACAGGUGAUCUUCGUGCAAGUCAACCCUGGAGAAACCUUCACCAUCAGAGCAGAGGACGGCUCCCUGCAAUGCAUUCAAGGGCCUGCAGAGGUUCCGAUGAUGUCACCAAAUGGAUCCAUCCCACCCAUCCACGUGCCUCCAGGCUACAUCUCCCAGGUGCUGGAAGACAACACAGGGGUCCGAAGAGUGGUGGUUACUCCUCAGUCUCCUGAAUGUUACCCUCCCAGCUACUCUCCAGCCAUCUCUCCAACCCAUCACUUACCUCCAUACAUGGCUGCCCCACCUUUUAUCCCAAACUCACACACGGCCUACUACCCGCCCAUCAGCCCUGGAGACAUUCCACCACAUCAGUACUACCAGCAUCAUAUCCCGCCAAUGUACAAUGAAGAGAUCAUUCCACUGUACGGGAUGAACUACAUUGGACGAGAUGAACAGUACAAACCUCCACCAAAGAAGAUGAAGGACCGACUGGAGCGACAGAAUCGUCUCAACAGCCCCCCCUCUAUCUACAAGAGCAACAUGGGCUGCAACAAUAUGUACAACGGCUACGGCAAGAUCCAUGGAAAUGGAGGAGGUGGUGGAGGAGGAGGGGGAACCAGUCCCGGUGCUAAAAAAACAGCCCGGGGAACUCGGAGUAGCCCCAGGUCUAGUGAACCUGACCUACAAGAUCAUGAUUCAGAAGCAAAGAGAGUUCAGGAUGUUCUUUCAGGAAUUGAAAAACCACAGGUUUUUAAUAUCCAGGCCCGGACAGCCACAUUGACCUGGGCACCCCCAGCAGGCCUCCAGAACAGAGACAGGCACAGUAAUGGACACCCUUUUACAUGCAGUUAUGAAGUGGCUCUCUCAGACAGGGGCCGUAAUGGCCAGUACCGCAUCCUCUACAGCGGAGAAGAAUUGGAAUGCAAUUUAAAAGAUCUCCGACCGGCAACAGACUACCAUGUAAGAGUAAACGCCGUGUGCAAUACAGUGAAGGGCUCGUGCUCGGAGGUUGGGGCCUUUACCACCCACAGCAGUACUCCAGACUGCCCGCUGCCCCCUAAACUGUCCCAUCGCACCAAGAGCACGCUCACCCUCCAGUGGAAGGCUCCAGUUGACAAUGGAUCGAAAAUCACCAGUUAUCUUUUAGAGUGGGACGAGGGCAAAAAAAACAACAUUUUCAGGGAAUGUUACUUCGGAAGCCAAAGGCACUACAAACUAUCUCGCCUGUGUCCGGCUAUGGCGUACACGUUUCGGGUGGCGUCACGCAAUGACAUAGGAAUGAGUGGCUUUAGUCCUGAGGUGGUUUUCUACACGACUGGAAGUCUGCCCCACCUGCCCCAUGCUCCUCGGCUGGUGCGUGCAGGCAUCACAUGGAUCACGAUGGAGUGGAACCGGCCAGACGGCUGCACCGCAGAAGAACCCGUCACAUACACGCUGGAGAUCCAAGAGGAAAACAUUGGAACAGAGUUUCACCCAAAGUACACUGGAGAAAACUUGACAUGUACCGUAGAGGGCCUGAAGAGAAGCACACAGUAUAAAUUCAGGCUCAUAGCCUCUAAUUUGGAAGGCAGGAGCAGUCCCAGUGAGGUGCUUGUGUGUAACACCAGUCCAGAAAAACCCGGCCCCCCCUCCAGACCUUGCAACAGGGGUCCUAUCAGACCAUACAACUUCAGUGUCAAAUGGGACCCUCCACAAGACAACGGAGGUUCAGAAAUCUUGAAAUACCUCUUGGAGAUUUCAGAAGGAAGUUCUGACACCAAUCAGUGGGACAUUGCAUACAGUGGGCCGGCCACAGAGUGUGAGUGUGACAACUUGAAACCUGGCACUUUGUACAGACUUCGCACCUGCAGCAUCAGCACCGGGGGCCACAGCCAGUGCUCGGAGAGUCUGUCCGUGCGUACGCUGUCUGUAGCUCCUGGACGUUGCCAGCCUCCUAGGAUUGUGGGUAAAGCCAAACAUAAAGAAGUGCACUUACAAUGGGAUCGUCCUUCCUCUGAGGGGGCAUGUGAGGUGAGUGAAUACAGUUUGGAGAUGAGGGAGGGUGAGUCAGAGCCAGCCGAGGUCUAUCACGGCUCUGAUCUGGAGUGCACUGUGGGCAGUCUGCUCCCUGGCGCCACCUACAGCUUUCGACUGCGCGCUGCCAAUGAGGCAGGGUAUGGACAGUUUUCCGAACCAACAGAAGUAACAACUGCAGCAGGUCCUCCCGGUCAAUGUGCGGCACCGUCCCUCAACUUAUUGUCCAACACCUCUGUGCUGGUCAGCUGGGAGAGUCCAGAGAGCUCAGGAGCCGACAUCUCUGAGUAUCGUCUGGAGUGGGGCAGAGAGGAUGAGCCCAUGGAGCUCAUUUACUGUGGCUCUGAUACACAGUGUGAGAUCUCUGACCUGACACCUGCUACUCAUUACUACUGCAGACUACAGGCUGCAAAUCAGGCAGGUGCGGGACCAUACAGCGAGGAGGUGAGCUGUCAGACCCCUGCCACUGUACCUGACCCAGUUUCAGUGUUGUAUGUACUUGACCACGACCCCACAUACAGUGGCGUAUACUUGCCUUCCACGUGCUUGGCUUUGAAAUGGGACGAACCCUGCAGCAACGGUGCAGAGAUCACCUCUUACACACUUAAACUGGGAGAAGAGACCAUCAGCAUGGGCAACAGCUUGUGUCAUUUGUCGCAAAAUCUACAGCCGGACACUGAAUAUAGUGUGCAGAUUCAGGCAGUAAAUGAAAUCGGUGCUGGUCCCCUCAGCCCUCCCCUGCUGGCCCGCACCAGACAGCUGCCCCCUGUCCCACCCAGACUGGAGUGCAGCGCCGCCGGACCCCAGAGCCUCAAACUCAAAUGGGGAGACAGCAGCAAUGCCAAGAACAUGCUCGGAGACGAGAUGGUCUACAACCUGCAGAUGGAGGACAAGAACAGAAGGUUUGUUACAAUCUACAGAGGCCCGAGUCACACAUAUAAGGUACAGAGGCUUUGCGAGUCAAGCAGCUACUGUCUCAGGAUUCAAGCUGCGAGUAAGGCAGGAGAGGGACACUUUUCUGAAAUACACACUUUCCAUACCACCAGGUCUGUCCCUCCAGCUCUCAAAGCUCCCAAAGUGGUACAGUUGGAAGGGAGCGUGUGUGAGAUCAGCUGGGAGAGCAUUCCACCAAUGAGAGGAGACCCCAUCAUUUACAUCCUGCAGGUGCUGGUGGGAAAAGAGUCGGACUACAAACAAUUAUAUAAAGGAGAGGACACGACCUUCCAGAUCUCUGGCCUGCACAAUAACACAGACUAUCGGUUUCGCGUGUACGUGUGCCGGCGUUGCCAGGACAACACUCAGGAGCUGUGCGGACCCGUCAGCCCAUCCUCAAUCUUCACACUGCGCCGCAUAGAGACGGUGGCGCACGGAGAGCUCAGCUCCACAGAGACGGGAAGACCCACCGGCUUGUUCGCCACAGACGAACGCUUCGCAGCGCUCCUAGUGGGAGCCUUCGCCGCCCUCUCCUUCCUCAUCGCUUUUAUGAUGGAAUACUUCUUCAUGAAGUGACAUAUAGAAAGAGAAUAAGCAGCCGGCCAAGAAAACGAAACAUUCACUUACGAGGGACACAUACACACGAACACUUAAAUAUACACGCGUGGCAAAUGAACUGUAGGCUGAUUAUGUAUACAGGCACUCUUCUCUCUUUCUCUCUUAUCCUCUGUGUCUCUACAAUGCCUUCCUGAGUACGCUGUUGAUUUUGCUCCUCGUCGCACCUUUGGGAAGCGAAAUCACAUUGCAGAGCUUUACGGAGAGUGGCGUGAUAGCCUGUUUUUGCAUGCUUCUAUAUUUUUGUAUCCCUUUAAGUGUACGUUUAUGUCUGGAGGAAGAUGUAUUGAAUUUUCUCCGCGUUCAAGGCCUUACUUUGUUUUAUCCAAGCGUGCUUCACAAAGUUUAUGUUAUAGCCAUAUGCGAGUUCUUGGAAUCAUAGCUUUAUCAUGAAAAACAUGUUUUUGUAUCCCACGAUCACAGUUCAAAGCCACCACACUACUUCUCAGAAACACUAAAUACUGUUACUGUAGUAAAGGCUAGUGUGGAGCCCCCUGCAUUAAGCUGCCAAAGCAAGUUGCAAUCCAUGUGUGGUUUAAGUAAUGCUGCUAUUGUGUUUAUUUUUUCCUGAGAACGGAAUCAGUUAUCUAAUAUAUAGAUAUAAGUAUAAGAUUUUAUAGAGGUAUUGUAAUAUAAAUAUCAAGUUUGAAGUAGAGAUCUCUUUAGGAGCGUGUCAAUUCACAAUUUAAGGUGCUUUAUAAAUCUGUGGUCAGUAGUGGUGGCAAUCGAGUGAGAUUUGCCAUGCAUGUAUGACAACAACACCCUUUGCCACCACCGCCCUCCCAGUGAACGUGAUUGGAUGUCGCGUUGACCCCGACUGGCCAUCUUUGCAUAUGUGUCCUGUUACUUUAAAGGUGCAGGCCGCAUGAUUGAGCAUGUCACACACAGGGCUACGGUCUUUCUACCUGUGCCCCUUAAAUGGACUAGGCUAAUGUCGGCUCUGAUUCUUGGGCUUCGUGUGGUGUCUGUAGAUCCAAGGACCAGGCGAUGGCCGGAGUCACAAAAGCCAGUAGCUGUGAAACCGGCUGGUUUUGUUCACAUACGCUGUGAAUUUCCCCUCAACUCUUUUUAUUAUUUGUCUAUGGCCCUACACGUCAUAUUGAAUGUUCUUCUUUGAAACCAUAUGAAAGCCAGUUGUAAAUUUUUAAGGUGCUUGAUCAACUUUAUUUGGGAAGCAGCGGUGAACUCCUCCACCCGCUGCGCCUUUAACAUGAUGAGUGAUGUUCAUGCCAAAACAGCCUGAUGCGCGUCUUUAGCCAAGUAAAGGUACAAACCAGCAGUUCCCAUUGAUCCAAAGAGUUUCUCUAACACACUUGCAGACCAGGGGAGUUUUCCAAAAGGAGAACAAAGGGGAAGGGUGUUAAGCAGGGCAUGGCUUGUGCCUAAGCCACACCCCCUUGUUCCCCUGACUGACAGCCUGUAUUGUACCUCAGGGACAUGGACUUUUCAGAGGUGAAGACGUAAAUGCUAUGUUUCUGAGAUGGUGCUGCGAACACUAUUUUACAGAAUGAUAUUGCUGUCAUGACUCUACAGUAGCGUUAUUCCGUUGUCUGCCUCCGCAGUUUUUUAAAUGCAUUUAUUUGAUCCGUUUCUCGCCUAAGCUGUGCCUUGCUCCAGUUGUCCGUACGCAAAAUCGUUUACUAGCUCUGUAUUCCUUUGCCAAAGUUAAUGGGAAAGUAAGGUAUAAUUCUUUUAGGGGUUAUUUAUACGAUCUAUUGCAUACAGUACUUUAAAUGGCAAUUAAAGUGCAAUCUUCAUUUAUUUAUUUUUCAAGAAAUUAAGAGAUGUAGUUAUGUACUAAUUCUUUUUAUUGUAGCAUGUUUUUUUCCAGUUCAGUUUUUUAUGUAUUGUAGAUUAAUGAUUAAGGCCAGCAUUCCUUUCAUUCGUAUUACUUUCAUUCAUUUAAUGCUAAAACAUUUCUAUACCGUAUAAUUCCUGUUCACCUUCAAGUGCCGAAACUCCAGCUAGUUGUCUUCUCAUAAAAAAACGUAGCAAAUGUUUAACCUUCCGUUUUUAAUUUGUAUGUAUUGGGACAUGCGUAGCUAAAUUUGGCAUUGCUAAAGAGUGUUAUAACGCUUACAUUAUCUUACUGUUUGCCAAAGCAAAGGCUUGUCCACUUUGUUUCUCUUUGUUUUUUAAGGGUUACUUGACAAAUCGUUUGUGACGCUAGAACAUCGCUUUCUUGAAAACGAAUAACAACAGUUAAACUUAAUCUAUGAGUACACUUGUUUUGUUGGUAGUGAAAAUCGUGCCAUUUAUACAAAUAAUCCUUUUGAGGUGAAAUUGUACAUGUUAUUCACACUGAGAGGAUGCAAAACAAUCAACUGUUCUGAAGCAAAUUAUAUUUUUCAUUUCCUUUUUGUUUUGUUUUUUUCGAGACGUGUCAUAGCGCAAUAGUGAAUUUAUUCCAGUAUUUUCGCCAAGGAAUUAUAUAUAGAGAUAUAUAUAGAUAUAUAGUAUGACAACUAACAGAAACGAAGCACUUUUUAAAGCAAAACAUUAAUCUUUAUUAGAUUUGUCUACAUAAACGUGUGUUUCCUAGUCAACAUUUGUUCGUUUUAAAAUCAAUAGAAUCAUGCAUUCAAGAAUUGAUUUAUUCAUUUUUUUAUUUUUCAUUUUUUGUCUGUAAAACUGACCCACGCAGACUUCAAUUUUAGGUUUAGUUUUACCCAUGGUAUAAGUAGUGUUUGCUCCUGACCAGUGAGCACUGGGAAUACACAUGUAAUGUUUUUGUUUGUUUUCUUAUUAGUCCUUGUAAAAAAUUUAAAAAGAGAAAAAACAUUUUUGUGGCCCAAGUACAGUUUUGUAUUUUUUUAUAUUGCAUUUUAUUCUGUGUCAUCUCUGUUUUGUUUGUGCUUUUGUUUUUAAUUAUGGAAAUAAAUUCGACGCAAUUGCUUGAAGAUAGAUGAGAUCCCAGCAUUGUCCCAGAGAAAUGUAUAGAACCACGAGUGUAUUCAACGAUUUUCCAAAAAAUGUAUUUUUACCUCACCAUUUAAAAUGAAAAAGAAAAAAUCUAUAUAUAUCAAACAUUCCAGGCUUGUCAUGAUCUAAAUUUUUUAAGUCAUACAUUUUUCCUUUUAUUGUAAAUGUUACACAUUUUCAUAUGCAUAUAUAUAAAGAAACUGCCAUAUCAAUGUUAAUGUAUAGAUUUUUGCAAAUACCCUAUGUAUGUAAGACUUAACUGUAUCUGUAGCGUGUAUGUAAUAUAUUUAUACCCAAUAAAUGUUUUAAUUUUUACUGAC